CCAUUGCAGGAGCAGCAGAGUUGCAGCAACGACCCCGGAUCCCUGGAAUUGCACAGCUUCCAAUUCAUUCGCCAUGGAAUUAACCGCCGCUGCCAUUGCCUUUAGGACAGCAGUUCUGCCGUUACAUCGCAGCAGAGGCAGAGGUGAUGCAGGUGGUCGGUUUUCCGGUGGCUCUAAUGUGGGAAUUUGUUACACUAGAGUUUUGAUGAGACAGCAAGAAGGGUUGAAGAGGAAGUUGAAAGAGAAAAAGGACACCUUGGAUAAAUCCAAGGUAAUAGGGGACUUCGAAUCAUCGUCAAGCUCUUCAUCUUCCUUUGAGUCAAGUGACAGUGAACGCAAGGAGGAAUCCAACAAGAAUUGGUUCAGAAGUAGGGCUAUGACACAUUCACAAGAAGCAGCAGCAUCAGCCAAAUCAGUGAUGCAACGAGAGAACUCGGGUUCCAGUGACGGUGAAUUGAGCUGUUCAAAUGGCUGCAAAGACGAUGAGAUUGAGACUAUUGUGGAGGGGCCAACAACCAAGACGAUUGAAGUAUGCAUGGGUGGGAAGGACAGGAAACUAGGAGGAGCUGAAUCAGAAAAUCUUGAGGAAGCUUGGUGCAGAUGUUGAUGUUGUUGGAUGCAAGUGCUUGGGAAGAUGCAACAAUGGGCCUAAUGUGAGGACCUUCAACUAUGAAGGAAGUAGUGGGGAUUCUACCGGACAACCGAAUAAUCCUUCAAUUACUGGUGUGGGAAUGGAUGAUGUGGAUCUAGAUUUUAAGAAUCUCUUGGGCAGGGACAUCAAAGAUUAAUGUUUGGCCUAGCCAAUGUAUGCAAAAGAUGAAGAUGUGCAGGUAUAAUUCAGGAUAAAGCCAUAAAGGCAAU